AUGAAAACUCGCGCUCUCGAACGUCAUCAACAGGGGACAAGGAAAGUGCAUGUGCAGCAGCAGUUUGUUUAUGACAUGGAGAACUCCGAAAAAAGUAGAAAAUGCGUGCGGACCCGGGCCAAACGGAACGCCAGCGUGGAGAUGGAUGCAUUGGAUGAGACUUCCGUCGGUGGCACUAGUGGUGUACCCACGGCCCCCACUGCACAUCUGGCAGACAAAAGAAAAUCUCAUGAGCUGGAGAUGUGUAAACUGAAAAUAGAUUGGCAAAAAGACAAGAUUGAUGAGCUGACCAAGGAGAGAGACUAUCUAAAAGAGCAGCUGGCCUCAGCUCUUAAAAGAGGGGACACCAUUUCAAAGAAUACAAUUCCCCUGUCUUCAGAUUCCUGUCGUGACAGCUCAGAAUCUUCCUCUGAUUCUAUGUCUGACUCCUCUAUAUCCUCAUCAGAGGGGGACAGGAAGAAGAAAAGGGUGAAAAGAAAGGGGAAAGGGAAAAAGUAUGGGAAGAAGUCGAAGAAAAUGGAAACAAAGACACGUCAGAGAGCUCAAACACCAAAGCAGGUUGUGGCCCGAUAUGAAAGAGUUCUUCGACACUUCAGCAGAGGAGGGACCAUGUUGGCUGCAUUCAAGCAGGUUGGGGUGGACCGGAACACCAUCGUAGUCAAUGCACCGAUUGCUGAAUUGUACAUCGCUGCUCCCUCCAAAUUUAAGGAACUCCUUAAAACCCACAGCAGUGAGGUUAAACUCAGUAUUUUUGCCACACAAUGUGCUGCUGUGAUUCAUGAGGAUCCAGCUAUAGAAGAUACUAUCAAAGCCUUUAAGGCUUCCGGUAAGCUGCUGCCUCUAAAAGGAAAGUGAACUGAUCUAGGAUCUGUAUUCAAGUUUUCACAAAAAGUUGUGUAAUGGACUGAAACACGUCCACAAUCUGCACUGCUGUUUUGAAGUGUUUGAAACGUUCUGUAAUGUUAAUACUGAGGUAGUUUUUACACGGUAAAAUAUUUUAUUAUAAUAUUUAUUUUAUUUGUUGUAUUUUAUAUGGUAUAUUUUUUAUUUUUUAUGUUGCAUUAGCACUCCUGUAGCACUUUAAAAAAACAUUUUAUACCAUAUUGCAGAGGCUUAUGUUUACUGGAGGUGUACAAGGAUUUUUAUUUUUUGUGAUAUUGAAAAGAUUAUUUUUCAUUUUAUAUUAAGUGUACAAUUGUACAAUUUUUGC